CCAGCAAUUCUUUCACUUUUUUCUUCUCAACAACACUUUUUCUUCACCUUUUCUCUUUCUUUUUUUUGCACAGAAACUCCUUCAUCAUGGCUGGCAGCGACGACACUAGACCUCAGUACCACAUCGCCACGGAGCUGGUCCACAUGGACAGCGACAACGUCAAGGACAACUACAAUGCGGCAUCGGUGCCUAUCUACCAGACGGCGACGUUCAAGCAGACGCAGGCGGAUGGAACGGGCGGCGAGUACGACUACUCGCGGUCAGGAAAUCCGACGCGCACGGCGGUGGAAGCACACAUGGCAAAGAUCAUGCGGGCGGAGCGGGCGUUCGUGGUGUCUACGGGGAUGACGGCGCUGGAUGUGAUUCUACGGCUGGUGAAGAGUGGGCAGGAGAUCAUUGCCGGCGACGACCUGUACGGUGGGACGAACCGUCUGCUGACAUACGUGUCGCAGUAUAACGGCGUCAAGGUGCACAAUGUGGACACAACGCAGCCGGAGAAGGUGGCGGAGCGGCUGGACCCGGUGAAGACGCGUCUGGUGCUGCUGGAGUCGCCGACGAACCCGCUGAUUAAGAUCGCGGAUAUCCGCACAAUAGCAAGCAAGGUGCACGAGCAGUGCCCGGCGGCGCUGGUGGUGGUGGACAACACGAUGAUGUCGCCGCUGCUGCAGAACACGCUGGAGCUGGGCGCCGACAUCGAGUACCACUCGGGCACCAAGUAUCUGUCGGGCCACCAUGAUCUGAUGGCGGGCGUGAUCGGGUGCAAGACGGCGCAGGUGGCGGAUCAGCUGUAUUUUGUGAUCAACUCGAACGGCUCGGGCCUGGGAGCGUUCGACUCGUGGCUGUUGCUGCGCGGCGUCAAGACGCUGGCGAUCCGCAUGGACAAGCAGCAGGCGAAUGCCGAGCAGAUUGCCGAGUUCCUGGAGGCGCAGGGGCUCAAGGUUCAUUAUCCAGGGCUCAAGUCGCACCCGCAGUACGAGCUGCAUCGGUCGCUGGCCAGCGGGCCCGGGGCGGUGCUGAGCUUCGAGACCGGCGACGUCGGCGUGUCGGAGCGCAUUGUGGAGAGCGCGCGGCUGUGGGGCAUCUCGGUCAGCUUCGGGUGCGUGAACUCGCUGAUCUCGAUGCCGUGCAAGAUGUCGCAUGCGUCUAUUCCGGCGGAGAUCCGCAAGCAGCGGCACCUGCCCGAAGACCUGAUCCGUCUGUGCGUGGGCAUCGAGCACGUCGACGACCUUGUUAGCGACCUGGCCAAUGCACUGCGCAAGGCUGGCAUUACCGUCAAGCAGUAACUGGAAUUUUAAAUGAAAUGUA